UGCUUUUGUGAUCUAGUUAAUACUCGUUUCGGGUCAAGGUGACGUGUGCUUUUAUCUGCGAGUUUUAACUUCUGAAUCACUAUCGUUUUCAGGUAGUAUAGCUUACGGUUAGGCUAUGGCGUGAUACAAAAACUAUCAAAUUCAUAUAUCAUUUGUGGUUUUCAGACUUCUUCCUGGAAAAACCGUAGCUACACCACAGAGCAGCUCUGUGAGCUCCACCCUCAAACACCUGCGCAAACGACCAAUGUGUGUGGGUCAAUUUCUUCCGCCUCCCCUCGCCAAAUGGACAGAACAUUGAUACAAUUCUACCACUGCAAUAAAGAUAUAUACUGUUUUUCUGAUUAUUUCGAACAUCUUGAAUAUAAAUCAGGGUUGUUAUAUUGUCCUGCUUGUUUUGGGCGAUUGAAGUUUAACCUUCUCGAAGCACCUGUAAGUAUUUCCUGUCCGUUUACAAAUGGCCAUAAUGUUCCAUGCGCGUUCAAUAUAGGAUCUAUGCUCGGACCAUUGCAUAUCAGCGAAGACGAUUACUCUGAGCUGCAUAUUGGGAUAACAGACUCGAAAGGUCUGGUCUAUAACUACACACUGGCUGGGAUUAGAAGAGAUGCAUGUGGAUGGGAGCAGUGCAUCAGUGUGCCACUGGUCCAGCCUGACAGGAACGGCCUGAAGGAGCAGUGGGACAGAGAGCUAGAGAAGUUCUCCUCACUGGACUCCUGGGCCCCACAGAGAUUUUAUGAAGAGAGAAAAUUUGGCUCCAGUUGCUAUGGUUUUGCCCUCUCCUUUAUAAACCAUGUGCGGGCCAUUGAGGGUCAACCAUGUAUUACAAGAGAUGAAUUCACUGGAAAAUUUGUCCUCCCAAGAAUCAAGAUAACAUCUAAAUAUAUUAAAAUCUACAACGAGAUUACAAAGCAAGGCUUUUAUGUAGCUGACAAAUGAAUGAAAAGUUGAUUUUGUGUAGCAGUGGAGUAUAAUGGUUGGGAAACUGGGCUUGGAACCAAAAGGUUGCAGGUUUGACUCCCAGGUAGGGCAUGGUCAUUGUACCCUUGAGUAAGGUACUUCAUCUGAAUUGCUUCAGUAUAUGUCCAGCUGUUUGAAGGGAUAUUAUGUAAAAUUGUGUAAUUUCCAUUGGAUAAGAGCAUGUUAAAUGACAGUUUAAAUGUAAUUAUGUCUGCUUUGUAAUUUGUAAAUAAAGACUGCCUCAAAACCCA